ACCCCUGUUCUUCCAUUUCCGGAAUCAAUGGCGCUCACUGUCCUGCAAUUUCUGUGCGCUGUUGUAAGAGUGAGCUGUUAACUUCAAGGUAAAAUGUCAGAAAACUUAGUGUUUUAUUCAGAAACAAAGUCCAUCAUGGAGACAGCCAUUAAGACCGCUGUUGAUGUUAUCAGAAAUUCAAAAGAAGAAAAUUCCACAAAGGAGCCAAAUACGAGACGUAAGCCAGAUUUGGACGGCAUUGUGGAAAUGUUGGCACGGGAGGCAACGAGAAAGAUCAACGCCAUUUUCUCCCAUCUGUGCUCAACGCUGCACAACGACAACAAGACUCUGAAGGCCAAAGUGGGACAGCUGGAGAGCGAGCUGAAGACUGUGACUGGAAACUUCGAAAAUGCCAGAAUGUGGAGAGAAAACGUCCUGAACGGCUGCCCGGUCCUGUUCGAGCAGAGUGGGUUGAUCUUCACCUUGAAGCCGUUUGGGAAGUUAAAAAGAAAGACGGGGAAAUUAACAGAGGGAGUCACAGGAUCAUCGCCUGCUGCUGGGAUGCAGAGUGAACACGAUGCUGUAUUAAUCUCUUGCUCAGAUGGUGGAGAGGCAACGAAGGAGGUGAACUCUGAAGCUGAGUCCUCACCAGCCAGUAGACAAGACACGGCAGACGAUUGUACCACAACGAACACGGCAGAAUCCAAAAACACUGACGGCCAAAACACACAGGAAGCAGAAGUCAGGAGGAAAGGGAAGGUCUUUGUGUGCGACGUCUGUCACAAGAGCUUCAACCGGCAGUUUCAUCUGAUGAAGCACAUGAACACUCACAAAGAGCAGAGGCCUUUCGCCUGCAGCCAGUGCCCGAGAAAGUUCAGGAAUACGGCGACUUUUGAGUUCCACCUGCUGCGGCACGAGGAGAGGAAGUUCGCUACCUUCAAGUGCCAGCUCUGCGAGAAGACGUUCAAAACAAAAAUGCACCUGAAGACUCAUCAGCUCGUACACACAGACACGAGGCCGUUCAUCUGCUCCACCUGUGGGAAGGGCUUCAAGACUAAACACAACCUGCAGGCUCAUCAGGUCGUGCACACUGUUGAAAAGCCGCACAAGUGCUCAGAGUGCGGGGAGAGUUUCAGGUACGCGUUCACACUGCAUUGCCAUAAAAGCAUUCAUACUGGUGAACAUCCUUACAAGUGCACGGUGUGCGGCAAAGCUUUUAUAAAGAGGAGGUCGCUCAGGACGCACCAGUCGGUCCACAGAGGGAAAAUGUUCACAUGUGAGACAUGCGGAGCGGGCUUCACCCUUCAGCACAACCUGAAGAGACACAUUCGUAUCCACACAGGUGAAAAACCGUUCAAAUGUAAAGUCUGCGGGAAGAGCUUCAUUCAGGACAACAAGCUGAAAGCACACAUGCUUCUUCAUGGUGCCUCAAAGUCAUUCAUGUGUGACCUGUGUGGAAAGACUUUUCUUUACAACUGCCAGCUGCAGAAACACCAGAAAGUAACUCACGAUGAGACACAGGGGCAGGUCAUCAGAAGACGAACCCGAGAGCGAGGCAACCGCAGAGUUAUCUAUCGACGGGACAGAACAACAGUAGAUGUGACGCCGUUCAGCUGCAAGACCUGCCGCAAGAGCUUUGACACCGCGGGUUCGCUGAAAAGACACGAGCUCAUUCACACAGGUCAGAUGCAAUACAACUGCGACACAUGUGGGAAGUCUUUUUUCUACAAAGCCACGUACGACUACCAUCAACGGAUCCACUCGGGAGAACGGCCGUUCGGUUGUGACGUGUGUGGGAAGAGGUUCAUCAUCCUUCAGGCUCUGAAGUCCCACAAACUGCAGCACUCUGGAGAGAAACCACAUAAAUGCGAGCAGUGCGGCAAGGCCUUCAGGAUCUACACCAACUACCUCAGACACUUGCGGAUCCACACGGGGGAGAAGCCCUACGAGUGUGAAGUUUGUGGAGUGAGGUUCAGGCAACUCGGACACGUGAAGUUUCACAUGCAGGUCCACACGGGAGAGAGACCGUAUUCCUGCAGCAGCUGUGGACUUGGAUUUUCAGACUCAAGGCUGCUCAAGAGACACAACUGUUCUGAGAAAUACCAGAAAAUGUUGGGGAGCACACUCGCUACUUCCUUGUCAGAAAUGUCAGAUCUGGAGGCGCAGGUGGGCGCCAUUUUGGAUAUAAUGGUCAAUGCGACUGUGACAGAAAUGUCCAAAGUUAUGGGCGGUUCCGAUUCAAAACAUCCAGAAGUCUCAUCAUGUACGACUGAAAACACACCUGGGUCCUCGGACGGGCAGGUGAUCCAGUUCAGCGUCUUCGUGACGUCUCUGGCUCGAGAAGCCGUGGAGAAGAUCUGCCAACUUUUCCAUGAAUGUUCUUCUCUGCUGCGGUUAGAAGUGAGACAGGGUGUUGCGGAGAUUGAGGACCUGAAGAGGAGACUGGAGGUGGCAGAGACGGAGCUGAAGCUGGUGCUGGACGGCAGCGGAGGCCAGAAGGAAGCGGAGGAGCUGACGGAGGGAGGCAGCGGACCGAAGGAGGGCAGGAGGGCUCCGGCCAACGGAGCAGAAGGAGAGACCGUCCAGAGCCAGCGCUCGGGGAGGAAGUAUCGCAGAGUCGUGGCUAGUGGUGAUGCUGGAGUGAAGAGAUCGCCUAUAAUUCACCUGUGGAAAGGCAGAACUUAUGAGGACAGUGUCCAACCUGUGAUAAUAAAGGAGGAAGGACUGGAGGCGUUCGCUGACCAGGCGUCCUCUGAUUCCGGUCAGUACAGAGAUGACCCGGGCCAGGACGAUGGUGACGACCCAGACUACCAGUUGGAGCCAGAAGAUCCAGAUGACGGUGACCCAGGAUUCGCCACCAGACCUAAACGUGUUGUAAAGCCCAAGUCUCAACGAGGUCGCGCGAAGAAGGAGAGUCAGAGUCAGCCUCUGAGCUGCAAACACUGCAGGAAAACCUUCACCAAGCUGCUGCAGCUCAAAGCCCACCAGGCCGUCCACGGGGCGAACGCCGAGAAGCCCUUCCACUGCUCUCAGUGUGGCAGAGGCUUUUCGUUCCAGCGAAGCCUCAAUGCACACAUGCUGCUUCAUACAGGUGAGAGACCACACACCUGUGAUGUUUGUGGGAAGGGUUUCACCCUGAAGCAGCUCCUGAGGAACCACCAGCGUCUCCACGCUGAGGUCCGGCCGUUUCGCUGUGAUCAGUGCGGUAAGAGCUUCUACCGAGCCCACGGCCUGAAAAUGCAUCAGAUGGUCCACACGGGAGAGCGGGCCUAUAACUGCCAGUACUGCAACAAAAGCUUCACAAUACAAGGUAACCUGCAGCGCCACCUGCGCAUUCACACGGGGGAAAAGCCGUUCAGGUGCGAGACUUGUGGCAAGAGCUUCAAUCAGGCUGACACUCUGAAAGGCCAUCAGCGGAUACACACUGGUGAGCGUCCCUUCAGCUGCGAGACCUGUGGCAAAUGUUUCAUCCAGAAAAGUGCCUUGAAGAUGCACCAGAAGACCUCUCACUCAGGCGAGAACUCGCUGGCAUGCGUAGCGUGCGGCACCACGGUGGCCUGUGUGGACUCGCUUCGCAAACACCUCCAGACGCAUGCUGCGACUAUUCCGUGUACGUGCGUGCUCUGUGGCCGGCGGCUCAGCUCCAUCACCGACCUGCGUUCACACCAGCAGCACCACACGGUGGACAGGCCUCACAGCUGCGGGCUCUGCGGGAAGAGUUUCAAGUCGUCCAGUUACCUGAAGAUUCACCUGAAGACGCACAGCGGUGAGAGGCCCUUCUCCUGCGACAUCUGCGGGCGCAUGUUUACACAGCACAGCAGCCUUAAAUCACAUCAGGUUGUCCACACAGGAGAGAAACCGUUCAGCUGCGACACAUGUGGGAAGUGUUUUAGCAACACGGGCAACCUGAACAGACACCAGCGUAUCCACACUGGGGAGAAGCCGUUCAGCUGCGACACAUGCGGACGCAGCUUCAACCAGGGCAACAGCCUGAAAGCCCACCAGCAGAUACACACCGGGGAGAAACAGUUUAUGUGCGACAAGUGUGGGAAGAGUUUCUCCUACCUGAGGAACCUGAAGGACCACAAGUGUUUCUAUGUCUGAAGCUAAACUGUGAUGAGACACCUGACCUUUUCCAGAUUUGUUUUGUUUCACUGCAAAGCUAUCCGCAAGGAAAGUGGUGGGGAUGGAUGCAGCGUGGAGUUCAGAUGAGUGAACAAAUAUAUUAACAACCUUUUAUAUGAGCGGAAAAGGCGGAGACUGUUACUGUGUACACUGUCAUGGUCAAUGCAUUUACCUGACACUGUUUUCCAGGCAGACUUGCAGUGAGUUAAACAGGUAUGACAGCUUGAAUAAGGUACUCGAAAAACAUUUUAAAUAGUGCACAUACAGUAACAAUCCCAAGAUCAUGUAAGAAAGAACUGCUGGUAAAUGACAGAAAACAGUGGUUUUACCCUAAACUGAAAACAUGGACACAGGAAAGACAAAAUGCAGCAUUUAUCUGUGAAAAUGAGCAUUUCCAAAGUAUCAUGGUAUCACUGGAGGAACCUGCAUGUACAGAGAGCCUUUAAGUUCUUUAUCUGGAUGCAUUUGUAAAUGGAGUUUGCUGGCAAAUGUCAGAAAAGUCUGGAUGAAAGUUUAAGAAAAUUAGUCCACUUCCUAACUUUUUUACGCUUGUUAUACAGAAGGACUGAUAUAAAAUCAGCCAAUAUGAUUUGCAUCUGAGUAUUACAACGAAAAGCCAACAGUUAGACUUGUUAACACUACAAUUAUAUGAACAGACUCCUCAUGAAAGAUCAGCUGUCUAGAUAUCUAAAAAUACUUAAACUGUCUCCCUUUAAAUUAAUUUUUUGACUCAGUGACCAAUGUGACAAAUAGAUGGCUUGUAAAAGUUUACAAGCGAUUUUCAUUUUGUCCUUAGUCCCAGUAGCACAAACAAUCUUAAAUUUAAUUCACAAUUAAAUUUAUCAGCAUUUUGCUGGCAGCUGUUAAAUUAUAUCCCAGAUCUAAGCAGUAAAAUCUAAGACUAUAAAAGUGUGACUGACUGAUUUUAUUGUACGCAGCUUUUUUCAGGAUUGUUAAACAACCCUAUGUAAGUUGUAAGACAGAUAUUUAUAAUGGUUUAACCGACUUGAAGAGUGCUUUCCUGUGUUUUUCCCAAACAGAUGAUGAUCUCCAAUAGAUAUAUAAAAUACAACUGUUUUGGAAGUUUGGAGUUUUUGGAAACGAAGUUGCCUUGUGUGCUUGAGAAGAGUGGAUGUACUGACUGAGAACAAUACCGAAAAAACAAUUUUAUAAGAAUGUUUCAUCUGUAACUUUUCUUUAGUGUUUAUUUGUUGUAUCUCAACUUUGUGACUGUGAGUCAAACUGAUAAACAUUGAAAUUGAAA